GCUGUUACAACCAAAAAUUUUGUGGCCGACAUUUUAUUUUUCGUACGGCAUUUUGCAUUUUUGCGGCGAUUUCGUACUAAUAUAUAUAUUAGGACUUAAAAUAAUUGCAGCAUUUUUAUCAUAUACAAUUCGAUUGUUACCGCGAUCUGAGUUGGUAAAUAAGAGAAAGGAUACGAUUGGUGCGCGCUAAUACAAAUAAUUAACAAGGAUGAGCGCACAGCCAAGCCCUUGCAUGAAUCCGCAGCAGCAGCAACAACAGCAGCCUACGGAACAAGAAAAGGUUUAUCAAUGGAUCAACGAGCUGGCUCAUCCGGAUACCCGUGAAACGGCGCUGCUGGAGCUGAGCAAGAAACGUGAAACGGAUUUGGCGCCGAUGCUUUGGAAUAGUUUUGGCACCGCUUGUGCUUUACUGCAGGAGAUCAUAAAUAUAUAUCCAUCGAUAGCGCCACCCACUCUAACAGCCCAUCAAUCGAAUCGCGUUUGCAAUGCAUUGGCAUUGCUGCAAUGUGUCGCCUCGCAUCCGGAGACGCGCACCGCCUUUCUGCAAGCCCAAAUCCCACUUUAUUUGUAUCCAUUUCUAUCGACCACAUCGAAAACGCGUCCAUUCGAGUAUCUGCGUUUGACGAGCUUAGGCGUAAUUGGUGCUCUGGUCAAGACUGAUGAACAGGAGGUGAUUACAUUUCUGUUAACCACCGAAAUUGUGCCACUAUGUCUCACCAUCAUGGACAGUGGCUCGGAGCUAAGUAAGACUGUGGCCACAUUUAUAAUACAGAAAAUUUUGCUGGACGAAUCGGGAUUGUCAUACAUCUGUCAGACCUAUGAACGUUUCUCUCACGUAGCCAUAACGCUGGGCAAGAUGGUUAUACAGCUGUCGAAGGAGCCCUGUGCGCGCCUUUUAAAGCAUGUCGUACGCUGCUAUUUGAGACUCUCUGACAAUACACGCGCACGCAAAGCCUUGGGUCAGUGUCUGCCCGAUCAGCUGCGAGACGGCACUUUUACUCAAUGUUUGCAAGACGAUAAGUCCACCAAACAAUGGCUGCAAAUGCUAAUCAAGAAUUUGGAACCAAACUCCGCACAGCCGCCAGGAGCUGAUCCGCGACAGAUUGGCAUGUCGCCAUUGGGCAGCUAAAUCAGCCGCAGGAACAGCAAAACAGCAGCAGCCGGUCUCCCAAUUUUGUUAGUUUACCAACCUUAAUUUUGUUAGAUUAAGAAAGAAAGUUUGUUGAAUAUGGAUGCGGCCCAUGCAGCUAAAUUGCUUUAACUAAACCAUAUACAUAUAUAUACUAUAUAGAUACACAUGGAUACAGCAGAUCUAUAUAUAUAUAUAUAUAUAUAUAAUUGAUACAUUGUAAAGCUCCGCCAACAGCUAAUUAGAACGUUUUCAAAACCAACAAAUGAAAGUUAAACAAUGAUAAAGCUUUCAAAUGCUAUAGCUAUCCAUUGAAUUCACAAGUCAUUUAGCUAUAGUUUAACUAACUAAUUUAUAUAUGUAUAUAUAUAUUAUAUAUAUGUAUAUAUUAUUCAUUGCUGCUAAUAAACUGUUUAAUUGUAAGAAAAUGA